AUGGCACCCAAAGUAGUCUCUGGUAAGGCCGCUAAGAAGGCUUCGAAGCCCCAUGUCUCGAAGACCGACAAGAAAAAGAAGAGGAGGAGGAAGGAGUCCUACGCUAUCUACAUCUACAAGGUCCUCCGUCAGGUGCACCCUGAUACGGGCAUCUCCUCCAAGGCCAUGUCGAUCAUGAACUCCUUCGUGAACGACAUCUUCGAGAGGAUCGCUGCGGAGUCUAGCCGCCUCUCUCACUACAAUAAGAAGUCGACCAUUACCAGCAGAGAGAUCCAGACGGCGGUCAGGCUGCUCUUGCCGGGUGAGCUGGCCAAGCAUGCCGUCUCUGAGGGCACCAAGGCCGUCACCAAGUACACUGGUUCCAAGUAG